AUGCAAGACAUCGCCUUUUUGUCUGGUGGCCGGGGAAAGGACAAUGCUUGGAUCAUUACGUUUCCAGAAAAUUGUAAUUUCAGAUGUAUACCAGAAGACGUGAUAGUAAAAGUGCUGACUUAUUUGACAUCUGUUGCAAGGCAAAAUGGAUCUGACUCCCGGUUUACCAUUAUUCUUGAUCGAAGAUUGGAUACAUGGUCUUCUCUCAAAAUCUCUCUCCAAAAAAUUUCAGCUUCCUUCCCUGGGAACUUACACUUGGUAUUGGUUCUACGUCCAACCAGUUUUCUUCAACGAACUUUCACAGACAUUGGAUUUCGUUUUAGCCAUGAAGAUUUUAUGGUCAAACUACCGGUUGUUAUGCUGAGCUCAGUUAGUGAUUUGCUGGCAUACAUUGAUGACAAGCAAUUAACCCCUGAGUUAGGCGGCACCUUGCAGUACUGCCACAGUGAAUGGAUCAUCUUCAGAAAUGCUAUAGAAAAUUUUGCCCUCACAGUGAAAGAAAUGGCUCAGAUGUUACAGUCCUUUGGAACUGAGCUGGCUGAGACAGAACUACCAGAUGAUAUUCCUUCGAUAGAAGAAAUUCUUGCAGUUCGUGCUGAAAGGUAUCACCUGUUAAAGAAUGAUAUAACAACUGUAACCAAAGAAGGAAAAGUUCUGCUAACAAAUCUGGAAGUGCCUGACACUGAAGAAGCUGUCAGUUCAAGACUUGAACAUCAUCAAAUAAGUGGUGACUGGCAAACUAUUAAUAAAUUGUUGACUCAAGUACAUGACAUGGAAAGUGCUUUUGAUGGAUUUUGGGAAAAACACCAAAUGAAAAUGGAGCAGUAUCUGCAACUAUGGAAGUUUGAGCAGGAUUUUCAAGAGCUUGUGAGUGAAGUUGAAUUUCUAUUAAACCAACAAGCAGAGUUGGCAGAUGUCACAGGGAAUAUAUCGCAAAUAAAACAAAAAAUAAAGAAGUUGGAAAACUUAGAUGAAAAUUCUCAGGAUCUGUUAGCAAAGGCCCGGUUUGUGAUUUUACAUGGACACAGACUUGCAGCAAAUCAUCAUUAUGCACUUGAUUUGAUCUGUCAGAGGUGCAACGAGCUGCGUUACCUUUCUGAUAUUUUGGUUAAUGAGAUCAAAACCAAACGGAUACAGCUCAGCAGGACCUUCAAAAUGCAUAAACUCCUACAGCAGGCUCUUCAGUGCUGUGAUGAAGGAGAAUGUCUUCUAGCUAAUCAGGAAAUAGAUAAGUUUCAGUCUAAAGAAGAUGCUCAGAAAGCCCUCCGAGAUAUCGAACAUUUUCUUGAAAUGGCUCUGCCCUUUAUAAAUUAUGAUCCUGAAACCCUACAGUAUGAAUUUGAUAUAAUUUUAUCUCCUGAACUCAAGAUUCAAAUGCAGACCGUACAAUUCAAGCUUGAAAACAUUCGAAAUAUAUUUGAGAACCAACAAGCUGGUUUCAGGAAACUGCAAGAUAACCAUAUGAGACCAAUGCAGUUCAUGGUACCUUCUUCCAACAAUAUGAUCAGAUCUCAAACACCAUUUUUUUCUCCUAACCCUGUGGGAGCUGGAUACUCUUUCUUUCAAGCAUGUAAACUUUUUUUUCACAAGGAAUCCAUCUUGAAGAAGACCUGGAGACAAAAUCAGAGCAGCGUAAAAAUUGAAGCGGUACAUGAAUGUCGGGAGACGAGAAGUUCUGCUCAAUCCUCCAGUUUGAACAAUGACAAUAACUUGGAUAUUUUAAAGAACCAUGUCCUAAAUGAGCUGAUACAGACAGAGAAGGUGUAUGUUCGUGAGCUGUUUACUGUUUUGUUGGGCUAUAAAGCGGAGAUGGACAAUCCUGAUAUGUUUGAUCUGAUGCCACCUCUCCUGAGAAAUAAAAAGGAUAUUCUCUUUGGAAAUAUGGCAGAAAUCUAUGAAUUCCAUAACAACCUUUUCAUGAACAGUCUGGAAAAUUGCAUCGAGUAUCCAGAAAGAGUGGGACCUUGUUUCCUGGAAAGGAAAGAUGAUUUUCAGAUGUAUGCAAAAUAUUGUCAGAAUAAGCCCAGAUCUGAGGCAAUAUGGAGGAAGUAUUCAGAAUGCGCCUUUUUCCAGGAAUGUCAAAGAAAAUUAAAACAUAGACUUGGUCUGGAUUCCUAUUUGCUCAAACCAGUGCAACGAAUCACGAAAUAUCAGUUACUGUUGAAGGAGCUAUUAAAAUAUAGCAAGGGCUGCGAAGGAUUUGAAAAAUUAAAGGAGGCACUUGACACGGUGCUGGAUUUACUGAAAUCAGUUAAUGACUCUAUGCAUCAGGCUGCAAUAAAUGGCUAUAUUGGAAACUUAAAUGAGCUGGGCAAGAUGAUAACACAGGGUGCAUUCAGUGUUUGGAUUGGACACAAAAAAGGUGCUACAAAAAUGAAGGAUUUUGCUCGAUUCAAACCAAUGCAGCGGCACCUUUUCUUGUAUGAAAAAGCCAUUGUUUUUUGUAAAAGGCGUGUUGAAAAUGGAGAAGGCGCCAGUAGAUACCCAUCAUACAGUUUUAAGCACUGUUUAAAAAUGGAUGAAGUUGGAAUCACUGAAUAUGUAAAAGGAGAUAACCGCAAGUUUGAAAUCUGGUAUGCUGGGAAGGAAGUUUAUAUUAUCCAGGCUCCAACUGUAGAUGUGAAGAUGACAUGGUUAAAAGAAAUAAGAAGUAUUUUGCUGAAGCAACAAGAACUUAUGACAAUUAAAGAACAAGAGCGAUAUAAUCAGUUAGCUCAACAGGAUCAGAAUUCUUCUCAGCGGAAUGACGAAAUACAUCAGGGAGCUUUUAUAGUCCCCGAGGAAACUGAAUCGGUGCACACCAGCAAUGUGGUAGAGGUCGGUGAGGCAAUCGCGUCAGCUCAGGCAGGAGCAACUGCAGUUUGGACUGAAAGGACUGUGGAAUGGUCAAACAACUAUUUCUACUCUUCCUGUGUUAACAAUGAAGAAGAAGAAAGACCCCCAAUGAGGCCCGUGUCGGAGAUGGCUCUUCUAUUUUGA